AUGGAUCAACUACAACAACAAGCCUUACGGAUGAACGGGCUUCCGAAGGUCAGUUUUUUGAAAUUUUUAUUAUUUCUAGGGGUUUUUAGGUAAUUUUUAGAAAUUUUUAAGUAAAUCUUGAAAUUUUUUGUAUAACCAGCCUCCGCAGGCUGCGCAAACUACGUUAAUAUAUUAGAUAAAAUCGCUAAAACUUUCUUUACAAACCAUGACAGCAAAAACUUUAUUUACAAAACAUAAAAUUGCAAGAAGUUUCUUUAAAAAACGAAAAAUGGCAAGAACUUUGUUCACAAACCAAAAAAUAGCAAAAACUUUGUUUACAAGUUUUCAUAAAUGACACUUUUUCAGCAAGUAGUUCUGCCGAACGCCAGUGGCUUUCCACAACUUCAGCAACUUAUUCCAGCUGGCUCGGCCCAGGCAUCAGUCCAGCCAAUGAACAUUAAUCAACAAAUUGGGGGUCUAUUACAAGAUGUCCAGAACAAUUCUAUGAAUUCCAAUAUUUACCGUAAUUUAAUCGCAGCACAGAAACCUCAAUCAGUGGUAUCGACCAACCCAUUGGUGCCGGGACAAGUGGUACCAAAUCAAAUGAUACAGCCUAAUCAAUUAGUCCCUAAUCAGAUGAUACAACCUAAUCAAAUAGUACCACAAAGCCAGAUGGUACAAAGUGGUCAACUGGUACCACAAAAUCAAAUAGUACCACAAAAUUCCAUCAAUUUAGCGAACCAAUCAGCAGGCCAAUUAUCGGCCCAAAAUCAACAAAAUCAACUAGCAGCCGCGGCGGUUUCUUCAAUGCUAAACCUACAAAACCUACAACAAUUAGGCCUAAAUCCAGCUAGCCUUAAUGCCGCAAAUCUGGCCAAUAGUCUAGGGCAACAAAAUGUCACACCGUCAGCGGUAGCCGCCGCUGUUCUAAUGGGAAACAACGCCACGACGGCACAGCUACAGAAUGCCGUGACACAAGCGGCUCAAGCCAUCGUUUCGGCCGGUGGACAUACUGGAAUCAGCCUAAAAGGUGGGGAUUUUUAUAGUUUUAUUAUUUUAUUGGCCCGUCUUUAUAAUCAUCAAUAAAUAAGUUUUCGUAUUUUACUCAAGUUCUGGCGAUUUUCCGAUGUUCACCAUCAAUUUGAUGCUAUGUUUGAUGGUUUUCACUAAAUUUUUAGCCUUUAUUGCUAAAUUUUUAACAAUUUUUGAUGUUAGCAUAAAAGGAUAAUCCAUUUUUUACCUUCUACUCAAAAAUUGCAACUUUUGCAACAAUUUGUUUAUGAUUUCUGAGCUGUUUCUUAUAUUCACCAUUAGAUUUUUUAUGGUUUUCAACUUUUUUUUCAAGUUUUUUCAUAAUUUUGAAGAAACAUAAGCUAGUUUUACUUUUGCUAUAAUGCUUAAUCUGUUUUCUAUUAGUUUACAAGAACAUUAGGUCAUAAAAAGUAUUUACCACCAAGUUCUAAAGCGAUUCCUUAUGUUAACCAUCAAACUUUCCUUGGUUUUUGAUGUUCGACGCGAAAUUGUAGCUCCUUGAUAUGUUAAUCGCAGAUUUUUGUGUACUUUGAUUCUAUUAUAACCUAAACAAUGUGAAAAGCAAUUUUUAAACAGUUUUUUGUUUUUGUAACUCAUAUUGUUUUGAAUUUCCCUCCAAACUGGCUGCACUGUCGCGCGUUAUAAAUUCUUUGGCGUUUCGCCGCAAAAACAAAUUUUUGUAAAUAUCCGAGCUUGUUUUUGUCCAAAAACACGCCUGGAGCAGGACAAAAGCCGUAUAUAUUUAUUGAAACAUAUAUAUUGGCUAAUGGGACAGAAUAAAAAUGACAUUGCCACUGAUUUCUCUGGAACAGGCAAUAAGGAAAACAUUUUCGAGUCCGCCGUCUUCGCUCAAUUUCGGAUCGAUUUCAGACUCGGCACAUCGGUUUUAUCAGCUGGGAAACUAUGCAGAAGCUGAACGACUAUGUCUACAGUUGCUGGAAGAGGAUUCACAGAACUUGGGCGCCAUGUUAUUGAUCUCAUCUAUUUACUUUCAGUUGAAGGACUUUGAAAAGUAAGGGUUUUAUGAUUUUUUUUGGUUUUUAGGGAGUAUGUGGAAUAACAUCGUCUAUAACUUUUUUAAAAGUGUAAAAUACGAGGUUAUGUGUUUUGUAAUUAAAUAUCAGGCUACUUUUUAUCUUUUUACAUUAAAAAAUUUAAGUUUUUCUUGUUUUAAUUACUUGCAUCACAUUAAAGUAUAUCACACAUUACUUAUUUUUAAUGGGGAAAAUUGUUUUGAUAUCAAAACAAACGAGUUAUUAGACAAUUUUGUUUUAAAAAUAUAGUUUAUAAUUUAAAAGAACUUUUUUUAAAGUUUUUAUUAAUAAUUACAGGGCUUGAGUUACAAAAUCUACCAUAAAGCAGCCGAUAUUAUAGUAGACCUAAUGAACCAUUUUUUUUAAAUCUUAGGGUAAAAUUUCAAAAGGGCAAUGAAGUUGGUUGUAAUAGCAAGGCUAUAGUGUAAUAAUACUGUUUUCUUGCUUAUUGAUCAAAAAAAGCUAGUUUAUUUUAGGGUGAUAUUGUUUUAGGCUGUUGAUGUUAAACUUGAUAUUUUGAUGUAGGUUAUAGAUGAUGUAGCUGACUUUUAGGUUUAUAUUGAAGAAAAGAGUAUAUACUUUAAGUUUUGUUUUAAAUCUUUCGGUUUUUUAAUGAUUUUGUAGGUAUAUGAGGUUUUUUAUGUCUAUACUGUAGUAGAUUUUAGAGAAUGCUAGCUUUUUUUAGUUUUUUGUGCGUUUUUAAAACUUUUUUAGCUUUUUUGUGCGGUUUAAGAACAGAGAUUAUUCAAAACAUAAAUAAAUUUAUAACCCGUCAUUUACUUUCCAGAUCUCUUCGAUAUUCUACGAUGGCGACGAGGAUAAACCCAAAUUGUGCUGAAGCCUAUAGUAAUAUUGGAAAUAUUUAUAAAGAGAUUGGUGAAAUGAGUGCAGCAUUGGACAAUUACAGACAUGCGAUUCGACUGAAGCCCGACUUUAUCGAUGGUUAUAUUAAUUUGGCCGCAGCAUUGGUUCAAACUGGCGAUUUUGAACACGCGGCCAACGCUUAUUUGAGUGCAUUACAAUAUAAUCCUGACUUGUAUUGUGUUAGGAAUGAUCUUGGAAACUUGUUUAAGGCAAUGGGAAAGUUUGAAGAGGCUAAGGUGAUGUUUUGCCUCUGUUUUUGUUGUUUUAGGGGCUGUUUUUUGGUGGUGAGCAUGGAUAUAUUGUUAUUGAUCAGAAUUUCUUCGAUUUUAUGAUCUUUUUCUCAAUUUUCGACUAAUUUCAUUUGUCCUUUUUUCAGGUGUGUUACUUAAAAGCCAUUGAAACCCAACCUCAGUUCGCAGUAGCAUGGUCCAAUCUAGGAUGUGUGUUUAAUGCUCAAAACGAGCUUUGGUUAGCUAUUCAUCAUUUCGAAAAAGCCAUCACAUUAGACCCAAAUUUCCUCGAUGCUCUAAUAAACCUUGGAAAUGUGCUAAAAGAGGCUAGAAUCUUUGACAGGGCGGCUUCAGCGUACUUGAGGGCAUUGGCGUUGUCACCGAAUCAUGCUAUUGUACAUGGCAAUCUGGCUUGUGUAUACUAUGAACAAGGGUAAGAUUUUUUAUAUUUUUAGUCUGUUUUGGUUGAUGUGAGUUGGUUUUUUCAGUUUUAAAGGUUUUUGGGUUUUGCACUGUGCAAAAAAGGGGUUUUGUGAAAUGCAUCGUGCAAAGAAAUUAAUUUUAUUGAUUGCACCGUGCAAAAAUAAAAAUUUUAAUUUUUUAAACUUGUUAUGUUUAAAAAAUUAUUUUUUUGACAUACACUGUAUAAAAAAUGGCAUUCCUAAAUUUUCCCAUGUUCAAAAAUCCAAUUUUUUGAAUUUACUGCAAUAAUUUAAAUUUUAAAAAUCCACUGUGCGAAACAUAAAUUUAUAUAAUCUGCACUGUGCAAAAAACAAAAACCUUUUAAUACAUCAAUAUUGUACUCACAAUUCCAUUGUCUAACUGUUGUCAUGUAAGGUUGUGGCGUUUUUUGGACCUAGCCCACCGUUUUCACAUUGUUGGAAAGAAAGUUUUGGCACUUUUGUGGAAUUGGAAAGAGCGGUUUUGUGUCUUUUGGAGUGUGAAAAGGAAAAUCCUUGUAUUUCUCGGACUUGGAAAGAAAGUUUUUGUGUUUCGUCGGUUUGUAAACAAAGUUUUUGUCGCUUUUGUGUGUUGUAAAGAAAGUUUCUGCUAUUUUUUGUUUUGUAAAGAAAGUUUUUGCCGUUUUAUGUGUUGUAAAGAAAGUUCUUGCUAUUUUGUGUGUUGUAAACAAAGUUAUUGCUAUUUCUGUCUUUCUAAAACAAUAUAUGACAUAAAAACGACAUUUUUUUCAAUUUCAGUAACGUAGACCUGGCCAUAGAAGAGUACAAACGAGCGAUCGAGCUUCAGCCCAACUUCCCCGAUGCCUAUUGUAACUUGGCGAAUGCCUACAAAGAACGAGGACGAGUAGAUGAAGCGGUUCAGGCCUACAACACAGCUCUACAGUUGUGUCCAACACACGCUGAUUCACAGAAUAAUCUGGCCAAUAUUAAGAGAGAGCAAGGAAAGGUGGAAGAAGCUAUGGAAUUGUAUCUACAGGCGCUGAAAGUAAGAUUUGUUUAAUUGUUUUUGGUUUUUAGGGAACAAAAAGGGAGGUGUAGAGGAUUUUGUUGUCAUUUCUUUGAAAGUUUUUGCAAUUUUUGCGAUUUUUUUGGUUUUUAGGUAACAAAAAAGUUUUUUUUGUUUUUUUAACAAUUUUUAAUUUACAAACUUAAAAAAUGUUAUCUAUAAGAAAAAAAAUUAAUCAUGCCCUUCCAGAAUCAUCCAGAAUUCGCAGCCGCCCACUCGAAUCUGGCCUCAAUCCUUCAACAACAAGGUCAACUCCAAAAAGCUAUAGAACACUACCAAGAAGCCAUAAGAAUCGCUCCGACCUUCGCAGAUGCCUACAGUAACAUGGGUAACACCCUAAAAGAGAUGGGCGAUGUCCAUGGAGCUCUACAAUGUUAUGCUAGAGCGAUUCAGAUCAACCCAGGCUUCGCUGAUGCCCACAACAACUUGGCGUCGAUCCACAAGGACGGUGGGAACGUUCCGGAUGCGAUAAGUUCAUACAAAAUGGCAUUAAGACUGAAGCCCGACUUCCCUGAUGCUUACUGUAAUCUGAUCCAUUGUUAUCAAAUUACUUGUGAAUGGACCGACUACAGCUACCGAAUGGAGAAGCUGGUCCAGAUCAUCGAUACCCAGCUGAAAGGUCGACGAUUACCAAGUGUUCAUCCCCACCACAGCAUGUUAUACCCCCUAACACAUGCCCAACGAAUGGCCAUAGCCGCGAAGCACGCACAGCUAUGCAUCGAGAAGAUCUCGGUUCUACACAAGCCUCCCUACAGCUACAAGAAGAUUCAGCCAGGCGAGAGACUGAAGAUUGGCUAUGUCAGUUCGGACUUUGGGAACCACCCCACCUCGCAUCUAAUGCAAUCCGUGCCAGGCUUCCACAACCGCGAGCGAGUGGAAAUCUUCUGCUACGCACUGUCUCCGAACGAUGGCACAACGUUCCGAUCGAAGAUUAUGAAUGAAUCGGAACAUUUCGUCGACCUAACUUUAUAUCCAUGUAAUGGGGCAGCGGCCGAUAAGAUCAACCAAGAUGGAAUUCAUAUCCUAGUGAAUAUGAAUGGAUACACGAAAGGAGCGAGGAAUGAAAUAUUUGCGUUGAGGCCGGCUCCUGUUCAGGUAAGGGCUUGUGUGGUUUGAGGGUUAUUUUUAGCGGCCGUGGGUGUUUGGGGGAGGGGGAUGUUUAUUUUUAGCAUUAAGGGGGAUGAACAUGGAUAAGUUGUCGGUUCUGAGAAAAUUUUUCAAGCCGGGUGUGGUAAAUUUUUAAUUUUUUUGGGGGUGGAUAUUUCGAUUUUUGAGGUGGGAACGGUAAAAUUUGACAUUUUUGGGUGAUGAAAAUUAACAAUUCAGUCUAAAAAUCAUUUUUUUUACCUGGGUGGGGUAAUUUUGGUGGAUAUUUUUUUUUUGCGUGAGAGGUAAAAUCUGAACUCUUAAGGGUGGGGAAACUCAAAAUUGAGAUCUACGCUGCAUUUUAAAAGGCAAUGGGAAUAUUUACAUUAAAAUUUUGGAUGGGCAGGGUAAAUUUUUGAAUUUUUUGUUGGAGGGGUAAAAUUUAUUUUUAGGUCAUAAAAUGAUUUUUUAACAUUUUCAGGUAAUGUGGCUAGGCUAUCCAGGCACAUCUGGAGCCCCAUUCAUGGACUACAUCAUCACCGACGUUACGACCUCACCAAUGGAGUUGGCCUACGCUUAUUCGGAGAAGCUGGCCUACAUGCCACACACGUUCUUCGUCGGCGAUCACGCUCAAAUGCUCAAGCAUCUCACGGAACGGGUCAUUUUGAAGGUAAAAUACGGAUUUUUGUUUAUUUUUAUUUAAAUUUGGUUUUUUAACUUUGAAAAUUAAAAAAAAAAUUUGAAAUUUUUAAAAGAAUUUGAAUUGGUAUAGCAUCGGAAGGGAAUUUUUUUUUGAAAUUAUAAGCUAGAAUCACUAAAAAGCCCUAUAUUAACAUUGCCCUUUCAGGAGCAACGCCAAACAGAAUCAGCAGAGCCCCGAGAUACAGUAACCGUCGUCAAUGCCACAAACCUUCAACCACUGCUCGACAAGACGGGUGUAAAGCCACUAGUUCGCGAAACCGAGGUCUCUCACGGCCCAGAAAAGGAAGUGAAACGAACUGAAGUCGUCCUACCAGUCGUCGAAGUCCCAACAACAGACCCAGUCAAACAAAUGAUUGGUACCGGCAUGAUAGCGGCCUCAGUAGAAGGUGUACCAAUUCAAAACGGCCUCACAACCCUGAACCAAACCCACGUUAAAGCCGCGACAGGCGAAGAAGUCCCAAAAACCAUCAUUGUCACGUCACGACAACAGUACGGCCUACCAGAGGACGCCAUCGUGUACUGUAACUUCAACCAACUCUACAAAAUCGACCCCCACACUCUGGAAAUGUGGUGCGAAAUACUGCAAAAGGUACCGAAUUCAGUCCUAUGGUUGUUACGGUUCCCAAUUCACGGCGAAGCUAACGUGCUCAAGUUUAUCAUGGAACGAGGCCUACCCGCAUCGAAGGUCAUCUUCUCGAAUGUGGCGGCCAAAGAAGAACACGUGAGGCGAGGACAAUUGGCCGAUGUUUGUCUGGACACACCACUCUGUAAUGGCCACACAACAGGCAUGGACAUACUGUGGACUGGAACACCUAUGAUCACGAUGCCAUGUAAGGGAUUGGGAUGGGGUUUAAAUGUGCGGGGCUUGGGCGUGGGUUUUAAAAUUUUUUAGACUUGGGUGGGAUUUUUGAAAGUUGUUGGGUAGGGUUUUUUAAAAUUUGUUGGUUUUGGGCAGGGGUUGUAAGAUCCGUUGGGCUUGGGCAGGGGUUUUGAUAAGGUUUGAUUUGGAAAGAAAGUUUUUGCAUUUUUGAGUUAAUUUUUUUUUAAAACGGUCGGUUUUCUAAAUUUUUUGUUACUUAAUUUAAUGAUUUUUCGAUAUUUUUUGAAAACUGUUUUAGAAAAAAUGGCAAAAACUUUCUUUAAAAAACAAAAAAUGGCAAGAACUUUCUUUACAAAACACAAAAUGGCGAAAACUUUCUUUAUAAAGUAAAUUCUAGUACCUAUUUUAAUAAUCUUUUUAAUUUUCAGUGGAAACUUUGGCGUCAAGAGUGGCUUCAAGUCAGUUAGAAGCCCUCGGCUGCCCCGAACUCGUCGCCAAAAGCCGCGACGAAUACGUCAACAAGGCUGUAAGGCUAGGAAAUGAAAAAGAGUAGUAAGUUUUGGAAAUUUUAAGGGUUUUAAUAGGGUGAAGAGUUAAGUUAUUGGGGUUGCAGGGUGUAAUUCAUUAAACUUGAGGUUUUGCACGGAGAAAAUAUUGAUUUUUAGAGGAUUUUAAGCUUUUUGAAGCGUAUUUCAAUGAUUUUUUGAUAUUUAAAUGUAUUUUAGCGUAUAAUCUUAUAGUUUUAGGUAUGAAAACAUACAUUUUUGACCAAAAAGUUAUGUUUUUAACCAAAAAAUGUGAUUUUUUUAAAAUUUUAGGUACGAAAUUCAUUUUUCAAUAUAUUUUUAAACUAAUUCACCUUUUUUUUUAGCCUAGCCGAAAUAAGGACCAAGGUAUGGAAGGCCCGAACCACCUCCACCCUCUUCAAUGUCCGGCAGUACUGCUCGGACAUGGAAACGUUGUUUCACAAGAUCUGGAGGCGGUACGACGAAGGCCUGGAACCCGACCACAUCACCCAGUGA